AUGACACGCAGCCACAUCCCCAGCCACACGAACGGCUCAGCCUUCGGCCUGAGUCUCUCUCCAGUCGUCUCGCCCGCGCCCUCCUCCCCGACCUCGACGGCUGCGGUCGCUGUGGCGAUGGCAGCUGCGGCCGCCGUCGCGUCUAUGUCUCCAUCGUCUGAGGCUUCGCACUUUCCCCCGGGCGCGCCGGACCACUCCGGUGGCCUCUCGCCGUCGCCCAGCAGGGCGUCCCUGUCUCCUGAGUCUUCGUUUUCAGCCGCUGCGAGUGGUCCCUCACCGCUGUUUCCGCUACUCUCUCCGUCUCGCGCCUGCUUGAGCACCUCCCCCUUCACUGUCGCGUCGGGCGGGCCCUCGUCCCUGACUUCUCUCGAUUGCGCCGGCGCCGCUUCGCCAGCGCCCUCCGAGGCCACCUGCGGCCGCCCGUCUGGCGGGGACUCUGCGACGCUUUCGCGCAGCUCGGCGUCUGCGUCCUGGUCUGUCGCCUUCUUCAGCCGUGCACCGCCGCCGCUUGGUGCUUCGCGCGCGCGCCCCGCUGCCGCGUGUGAGUCCUCAGGUGCUCCGGUCUCCGGAGAGGAGACCCGUGCAGAGAGUCGCUUCGCCAGCGAAGCGCCGCGUAGCGAAGAAGAACUGCCUACAAAAAACACCUCGGGGGGCGGCGCCGAGGCAGAGGGACGAGCAGCUGAAGCGGAGGGCGACCCUCGGCGCACUCGGCGUUGCGCAAUGCAUCGCAAGGAGGAGGCAGAUGCGGACGCGUCCCCCGCGCACGAAGCAGAGUCCAGCCUGGUCUCGCCGCCUCGACCGGGUGGCGACCUGCCGCCGUGGCGCCGCCUCCGUGCAGGGACUGGGAGAGGCGGGCGCCGGCUGUGGAGCCGGCGCGCAUUCGCGGAAAGCGUGGCGCUUCUCCGCAGAAUCGAAGCAGCCAUCGUCGAAGGCAACCGCGAGGCGUGCGCGCCGGCCGACGGCCUUCCCGCCCCUCCCGCCUCCUCUUCAGCCGAUGCCCCUAAACGCUGGGAAGAGGCCAACACGCAGAACAGCGCCGCCCAGCGGCAGCUGCUGGACGGCGCGCAAACGACAGAAGAAGUCGGAGGGGUAACUCAGAGACUGGGCGCGAGCCCCUCGAGCGAGGGCCUGGUAGCUCCUGCGAGUAUGGGGAGACUGCUGGACAGGGGCCUCCAGCUUCUCGUCGACGUCUUCAGACUGUUCGGCCCCCGCUCGGUUGUCCUCUCGUUCAACGGCGGGAAAGACGCCGUCGCCGCCCUGCACCUGUACCGCGCGGCUCUAGCGAAGCACCUUCUCUCUGCUGGAGAAGCGAACGCAUUUCCGCAGCAGGGACGCCUCGCCGCCCACCAGGCCGACGACCAGGGACGCGGCUCAGGGGCGGCCCCGGGGGCGGGUGUAGACGCUGCAGAGGGCGAACGCCAAAGCCGAGAGAGAGAGACAGCAGCGGCGCCCGCAGCGGCGGAGGCCAGCGAGCGGGUGCCUGGCGAUGCCUUCACGGAGCUGGAGAGGCCGAAGGCGAUCUACUUCCACGGCAACGACGAGGAGUUCGAAGAGGUCGCGGCCUUCGUGGAGACGACGGCGCAGGACUUCGAACUCGAUAUUUGUGUGUACCGAUGCGGCCUCGCGGAAGGCAUGGACGACUUCGUCACGCGCUUCUCGGACUGUCGCCCGCUCGCGUUUGUUCUGGGCACUCGGGAAGGAGAUCCGAACGCGGCGGAUCUGCUCCCGCUGCAGGCGUCGAGCUCGUGGCUGCCGGCCUUUCUCCGCGUGCAUCCGCUAGUCGGCUUCCAUUACGGCCACAUCUGGCGUUUCAUUCGCUGCUUCGCUCUGCCCUACUGCGAGCUCUACGACAGAGGCUACACCAGCAUUGGAACGAAAAAGAAUACGAGACCGAAUCCGCAUCUUUUCUGCCGCGACACAGGCCGGUAUGCACCUGCGUAUCUUCUGGAAAGGUGGGAAGACGAGCGAGCUGGCAGAGACAACGUCAAAAAGUAUCGAGUUGCGCGUAGCGCCUGUCUCUCGGCUCCAGGCACUGGCUGUCCGCCAGGUUUCCGUUUCAACGCGUCGCAUCCCAGUGCCCCGGCAGGAGCGGGCGACGGCGCUGCCGCGUCUGCGUCCCUGGUUCGUUUUCCUUCAGCUCUCACGCAUGGGGCCUUGAACACUCCGCGGCUUCGGCAAAGGCGCUAG